AUGGAGAUUGUUUUUGGUCUCAAAAAUCAGAAGUCGAUUUCUCAGCAAGAAAAUCCAGAAAUCGCCACCGCCGUCCGAACAAAUGGCGAGCACAUAAAACAGCUCCACGCCCGAUUUCGCGGCUUCGAAGAAGCGAUUCAAACGAACCGAGGCCGCGAUGAAAAAAUUGAAACGCAACUCAAUGCAAUUCAAGAUGUCGUACUCAGCGAGCUCGGAGAUCCGCACAAAAUGGAGAGUAUGAAGGAUUUGUCCAGAGGACCAAAGCUUCAAAUCCAAGUGAUGCCGAACACCGACGAUGGCAAAAACUUCGUUACGCUCUCCGAGCUGCGUAAAUACAUCAUGAUGGCGGCGGACGAAAUGUCAUCAACGAUGAAAACCUACCUCGACGACAAAAUCGACACGAUGGAACACGACUUGUCCGACAUCCGGAAAGAGGUCAAAUCCGAGCGCAAGCGAAAUGAACAGCUUGAGGCUCGGCUUCAUAACUUCGAAUCGCAGCAGAAUAGUAUGAAUGGAAUGAAUAGAAGGACGAAUUCGGGGCAAUACUCACCUGAGCUCGUGAAAAAGCGUUCUUUUGACCAGUUGGUCAAGGAAGUCGAUCAGUGCUUCUCAGAACUUGGCCGGCAAGUCAAACGAGAAGCGAAAGGAAGAGCAAACAUAGAAGAGCAGCUCGAUCAAAUUCAAAACAACGGCAACUUCCCCCAGCCAAGAAACGACCCUGCAAUGGAUCAGCGAAUUGCAAAGGUAGAAGCUGCCCUGGCGGACUUGAAAAAGGACACGAAGAAGGAACGAAAGAGGAUCGAAAAAGCCCUCGAAGCCCAAGCGAAUUCCGGACCGGAUAUGACAGCUGUUGAAGACACCAUCCAGUCGAUCAUCACCGAUGUCGUCGAAGAACUGACCACCAACGAAGCCCGAUUGUACGAAUCCGUCGAAAGGAGAAUGAAAGACCUGGAAGAAACAGUCCAAUCAGAGACAACAGCUCGUUCGAUUUCCGAACGAAAAGCAAACAGCGAGCUCCGCCGGGUAUCAGCUUUAGUCGAUGCUGGAAAAACCGGCCUUCGACGAAAUUCUAGCGCUGAAGAGACCACAAAAACGAUCGACCUCCCUCUUGGUGUUGAUGAGUUACGAGUGACCGUGGCUUCUCUAAAGGAGCAACUGGGCUUGUUUGAGGAAGAAAGCGCAGAAGCAAAGCGUCAAUUCGACACUUCUAGCGCUAGUUUCAAGAAAGACCUCGAAGAAUUCCGAAAAUCGCUGCACAAAACUGAAAACAACGAGCGAGAAGUAGCACGAAAAAUCGAAAAGAUCGAGAAGGGCCUGGUAGGAGCUCAAAGUGCCGCUCCUGGCCGUACGGUCUCUAUUGGACCGGAUACUGGCGAUGUUAUGAGCUUGAAGAAACAAUUGAAGGACUUGGAGACGAAGAUGGACAAAAUCAAGGCGGAAAAUGAGGCGAGUCCGAAGUCGAGUCUGAACGACAACAAAAUUUCACCGGCAAUAGCGAAGAUGAAUGAACAAGUAAAUCAAGUGGACGCCGACCGAAAUCGCCUUGAUAAUAUCCGCACUGAAAGUCUUGGCAAAAUCAAAGCAGUUCGCGAAGAAGUUCGAUUAAUCAAAACUUGCCAGCCAAGCUCAGAAUCCAAGGGGCCUAAAGUCGAUGUUCUUGUCUCCCAGGAUGUGUUGAAAAAAGCUGACGCAAGUGAAAUCACCAAGGACGAUCUCGAACGAAUCUUCGCAAAGAUUGAAAAGCUCGAAGCAAAAAAUAUGACUCCUGGCGUUUCUCUUGGGCAAACUGAACUGAUGAGAGAGUUUGAAUGCUUGAGCGAUGAGAAUCAGCGACUUUGGAGAAGUUUGACGAAGCUCGAGGAAGAAAUCAAACUCGGCGCGAAAGCAGGAGAAGAAUGUUCUGAUGAAAAUUCACCCGGGGCCCUCGCGAAUGCAAUAAAUCAGUUCCAGAAGCAAAUUGGCACGCCAGAUUUGACAGGCGAGCUAGAAAUCAGGCUCAAAAAGAUCGAACGCGAGUUGAGCGAGAAAACCGACCGCGGGACGGAUCGUCUUUGGCGCCAUCUCUCGAAUCUUGAAGAGCAGAUUACACGACGCCAUGGCGAAAAUGACGAGCGACUCAGCAAACUUGAAGCGAUUCCGAACACGGAUUCUAGAGAAAACGCUUCGGAAAUCUCCGUCGCUACCACUUCCGAAAGCUCUCUAACUGAAAACAAGAACAGCCAAUUAUGGAAGGAAAUCGGAAGUCUGAAGGCAAAAAUGUCCGAAAUUAUAGUCAUUUCCGACAGCAAUCGCGAAGAAUGGGAAAGAACCUUGAUCACCAAAGAUGAUAUGAAGGAAUUCGAAGAGAAGCUGAACAAGUUCAGGGAUUAUUGGGUCGCGGAGAGCUCGAAAUAUGCGAAAAUCGGAAUGCUGGAGAUAUUUACUGACGAUUUGAGCGGACUGAAGGCGCAGGUGGAUGAUCUGCUCGUGAAUGAGAGGGGAACGGUGAAGGCGCUCGAGGAUCGAAUGGAAAUUCUUGCUGAAGAUUUGGAAGAAAAUAUGACCAACGCUAGAACUGAAGAUCGCAACUACAUCGAGCGCCAAUUAAAGACCAUCGAAGUCAACGGCGUCGCUGCCCAUGUCAUGGAAGAUCUUGCCAGCCUCCAGCACGUCGUCUCUAGAAUUUCCGCCCAGCUUGAAAUGCUCAAGGAUACUGACGCCUCGCUCACAGAGACUCCUACAGUUUCCGAGCAAACACCUACUCCUUAUUCGGAAGAACAAAGCGCUGAAACCUCUGAAACAGCUUCCACAGUGACUCAAACUGUCAGCCUUCCCAAAGUGCCGAUCGUCCAUGCAAUCAACAAGGAAGCAGUUAUUGCCGAAGUCAAAGCAUUCGUCGAAGGAAAACUGAAAUACUUCAACCCCGAAAAUGGCUCCCAAAAUGAAGGGUUGCUGAAAAUGGUUCGCGAACGAGUCAGUCGAUUGGAAGAUGAAGUCGCCUUGGCUCGAAAAGAGGAUCAAACAAACUGCGACAACUUGAAGCGUCAAAUUUUCGCUCUCCGAGAUGACCUGGAAAAUCGAAAGCCAGAAUUUGCCCUCCCUUCGGUUUCUUCUCAAAAAGCACCGGAACUCGCGCCGAUAAAGGAGAAACUCGCAGCUAUCGAAGAAAACAACGCGGUUCUUGAGAAAUCGAUUCUUUCGCUAGUCACAAAAAUGGAUUCCAAGAUCGACGGGAUCGACAACAAGUGCGAACGAACUGUCAAGUCUCAAAUGGCGCUCGAAGAACAUGUGGAUAAUCUAGAAGACAGAGUUACGGAAAAUCAACAUGGAGUGACCUCCGUGUCUACUCCCAGCAUCCCACCUGCGUUUUUCGACCUUUCACCUGAAAUCUUCGAUGAUAAGCUGGAACUGCUCACUGAUAAGGUCAAGGAGCUCAUGUCCGACAAGAAGAUUCUCUCCGACCGUCUUGAUAUCGUCGAAGAAGAGCUAGAAACGAACGACCGAUUUUUGAUCGAAUCAAUUUCCGCCGAAAAAGCACAAGAAAUUGCCAAAAGAAUUGCUCAAAGCGAAUCGAAAAAGCUCGAAGAAGAACUGAAAUCGAUUCAUGAAAAGUUUCAAAACUUGAAAAUUGAUUCAACUAAACAAGAGCCGGAGUUGAAGAGAAAUGAAUCGGAAGAGAUUCCGAAGUUUAUCAAGAGUGUUUCGAUGGGUGAAAUUGGUGGUACUGGCAAUUUGGAUUACGAAAAGUUGAUUGACGAAGUGAAGGAAAUUGCCGAAAAAGUCUAUUCAGCAACAAAAGACCUGACCUUCCACGACGAGAUGUUCGACUUGGUACAGAAACGUCUUCAAGCUCUAGAAACCCACAUUUCCGAGCUCCCCUUGGCCCCUGAAUCUUCCCCAACUCAAGCAUCUCCCUCAUCGGAAGCUCUAUCGUCUCUAGAAGAAAAACUCGGAGACCUAGAAAAGUCCACAUCGCAAAAUUCCAAGAAAUCCGAAAAGAUGUCAAAAGAACUCGAUGAUCUCCGCUCCAAAUUAAAGAAGAACAACAAUUCGCUGACGAGAAAACUCGGAGACGUCGAGGAUGAAAUUCUGUCAGAACUGGCAAAGACGAAAAUUCUCGUCGAAUCGGCAAAAACUCACAAAGAAGUUCAGCGAUCAUUCGAUCAAGUCGGCGCGAUGGAUCUGCCGAAAAUGGCACCCGAUGUAAAAACGGGAUCGCCGAUCAGCAUGCAGGAGAGCUUCAAGCUCAGAAACCAAAUUCAGGACAUGUGGAAAUCGUUGCGACUCGAUAUUGCCCAUCGAACGGCGAAUUUGGAAAAAUUGUCCAAAAGUGAGCUUCUCAAUAUGCGCGAAAACUUGAGGCAGGAAAGAAAGAGAACGACGAAAGAAAUCACAGAGGUCGCUGAAAUCCUCGAAGGAGUCGAGAAACAAGUGAACUUCCAACGAAUCGACUUUGAAAAAGAAAAAGCGAAAGAAACCGCCCGAAGAUCGAUGGAAAUGCAAAAAGUGCAGAACCAAAUUCGCGAUUCUGAGAAACGCAUGAGAUGCACAACAGAUGCCAUCGCAAAUCUCGUGACAGAAAUAAGAGAUGAACAAGCUGAUGAUCGAAUUUACAUGCGAGCUGAGCUCAAACAGAGCCAAACAGAAGUUCGGCGCCAGGCAAUGGCGUUCGAACGCAUUCACGGUCGCCAGAAUCGCUGUGAAAACGACAUGACCGACAUGAACUCGAAAAUAAAAGACCUUUCAAGAUCAUUUGUAAAUAUGGCGACGGAUUCUAGAGCAACGAUUACCAAUUCCUUCGUCAAGCCGUCUGAAUCAAGGUCCGAAUUAUCAACAAGAGCUGAAAACAGUGGACUCCUCAACUACCGCUCCUCAUUUACCGAAUUUUCAACCGACCGGCUUUCUGAAAAUUCUAGCAAUGCGUGA